CCCCCACCUCCCCAGGGAUGGAAGCUUCUUUGAUUGACAGCUUGCCUUGAGCGCUGUUACGUAAGGGGAGGGACGAGCGCGGCCCCACCCGAGCGGCGCUGAUUUGAUUGGCAGGACGGAGCACCGACCCCCCGCGCCUUCCGGAAGCACGUCCUUGAUGGACAGCGAGAGAGCCACUCGGCAUGGGUGUCCGAGCGGAAGGUCCCAGGCUGGGGGCGUGUCCAGGGCGUGUCCCGCCGAGGGCAGGGCGGGGCGGGGCGCUGCGGGAGAGGAGCGGCAGGGGCCGGCCUGCGCUGCGGCCGGAGAUGCUGUCGGGUCGCGGUGGCGCUCGGCCGCCGGAGCUCCGCAACGAGGGCGUCCAGCGAGCUGAAGGCGAAGAGAAGACAUUAGCAGGGGAUGUGAAAACCAGUCCUCCACGAACUGCACCCAAAAAGCAGCUGCCAUCUAUUCCCAAAAAUGCUCUGCCCAUAACGAAGCCUACAUCUCCGGCCCCAGCAGCACAGUCAACAAAUGGCACCCAUGCUUCUUAUGGACCCUUCUACCUGGAAUAUUCGCUUCUUGCAGAAUUUACAUUGGUAGUGAAGCAGAAGCUCCCAGGCGUCUAUGUCCAGCCAUCGUAUCGCUCCGCAUUGGUGUGGUUUGGAGUAAUAUUCAUACGACACGGGCUGUAUCAGGAUGGCGUAUUCAAGUUUACGGUGUAUAUUCCUGAUAACUAUCCAGAUGGCGACUGUCCACGCCUGCUGUUCGAUAUCCCCGUCUUUCACCCGCUGGUUGACUCCACCUCAGGUGAACUGGAUGUGAAGAGGGCAUUUGCAAAGUGGAGGCGGAACCAUAAUCAUAUAUGGCAGGUCUUAAUGUACGCAAGGAGAGUCUUCUACAAGAUCGACACGACAAGCCCUCUAAACCCAGAGGCUGCAGUACUGUAUGAAAAAGACAUUCAGCUUUUUAAAAGUAAAGUGGUUGACAGUGUUAACAUAUGUACUGCUCGUUUAUUUGACCAGCCGAAAAUAGAAGACCCCUAUGCAAUCAGUUUUUCUCCAUGGAACCCUUCUGUCCAUGAUGAGGCCAGAGAGAAGAUGCUGACUCAGAAAACUUAAGCUUUACUUUCAGCCCUGAGAGAAAACAUGGCUACCUGGCUCCGGGCCUGUGGCUGAGUCCUGUAACAACGCAUGAUAUUCUGGAAGGAUUUGUCUUCUUUUGUGACCUGCAAACAGUGAGAAUACUUAGAGAGAUCCACAUCAGGCAUGACAGAUGCCACUAUAUUCAGAGACUCUGUAGAGCAAAUGAACAGCCAUCCAUUCAUGGAAACCUGAAGUUUAGUGUGGAGCCUGGUAUGGAACCACAGCUUGGUAUAGAAAAAUACAGUAACUAAAAUGAAAAGUUGACUAGACGUGGAAGUUGGUAGAUCGAACUGGAAAAGAAAAAAAAAAAUCAACAAACUUGCCUAAGAAGAUAAAAAAAGAUACACAGCCCCAGAAAACUGUUGGACAUGAGGAAGCACAUCAGCUUUCAUGGAACAAGAGUGUCAGAAGAAGAUAGAGGCAGAGAAGCAAGAAAAGAUGUUCAAAGAAAUAAAGACUAAGCUAAGCAUCAUGAUAGGCAGGGGCAGGAGGAUCCAGAGUUUCAGGCUAGCCUGGGCUACAUAGCAAGACACUGGGGUAAAGAAAGAAUGAUAGCACCCAAGUUUACAUGAAAACGUUAAUGUAUACAUUCAGGAAGCUCAUCAAACAGCAGACUGAAUAAGAGAUCCACACCAGGUUUAUCAGAGUAAAAAUGUGUAAAGCUAUAGAAAGCAUCGAGAAAACCAUUUUUCCUUUACAGGGAAAGUCAAAUAAGGUAGGAGCUGACUUCUCAUCAGAAACUAUAUAAGUGGAACAACAGAUUCAGAAAGGUCAAAAAGAAAAGCCUCCUGUAUAGUGCAGAGCAUUCUUUCAGAAGUGAGUAAACACAUAGUAAAUCCUCAUAGAAAGGCCAUAGAAACAAGGAAUACAAAUACACAUGAAAAGGGCACUUGUAAAGCAUUACCAUAUUGCAAAGACAGGGUAAAUGCAUAUUCUUAAUUAAAAACAGCAAUUACAUAAAAUAAAAUGUGUAUGAUGUGUUGUUGUAGUUGUAACAGAAAUAUACAUUUACCAAAAAUGUAUAAAGGAGGUGGGUAGGGUAUUACACAAGGGACUGCAGAUGCCACUUAAACCCACAGGAACCAAUAAACAGAACUGUAAAUAAGGUUAAUAUGGCAGUAGCUAUAAAUACACACAUGCCUUUUCCUGGCUCCUUGAAAAGUCAUACCAUUUAAUCAAGGUAAUAGUGGAUUUGCAGCACUUCCAAUGGAAUAUAUAUAUAAAUACAUAAACAAGACCUUCACAAAAGUUAAAUGGGGAAGAGAACACUAAUGCAUAUAUACCUUGCUGACAUGAAUUUGAAGCUAAGUUCUAAGAAGUUAAAGAGUGUGUGUGUGUGUGUGAGAGAGAGAGACAGAGAUAGAAUAUAUAUAGCAAAAAGUAGAUAAUACCUAAUUCAAAAGAAAGCAAAAGGAGAAAUAAAGGAAGAGACAUACAAAAACCAGAAUGCAUGAAUAUAAAACACCUAGAAAACAAGUAUACAGGUGUGGUGCACACCUUUAAUCCCAGCACUCAGGAGGCAGAGGCAGGUGGAUCUCUGUGAGUUCGAGGUCAGUCAGGUCUACAGAGCAAGUUUCAGGACAGCCAGGGAGAGCUGUUACAUGAAGAACCCUGUUCUGAAACACCAGAAAAGAAAAAGAAAAGGCCAGAAAACACCAGAAAAGGAAAAAAAAAAAAAAAAGGCCAGUAAAAUGGACAAAUGUAGUAGAGUCAAUAACAAGAAAAGCAAAUGGAUUAAACACAAGUUGUAAGACUGGGAAUAAAUAUCAAUCUAUAAUGUUUUGGGAGACACUUUACUUUAAAAAUGCAAACAUGUUUGACAGUAAAUAACACAUGUUCACUAUACAGUAGUCAAAAGAGCUGAGUAGCUAUAAGCUAUUAAACUGUAAAACAGGUUUUAGAAACACAAAUAUUACUGAAGAGUUAGUUCACUUCAUAAUUAAGGAUCAAUCCAUCAAGAAGCUGUAAGUAAUAAACAUAAGUGUAUCUACUAAUACAGCACCGAAUACAUGAACCCCAUGACAGAAAAAAAAGGUAAAACAGACAACCUAACAAUAUAAAGAUUUCAAUACAGAAAUUUCAACAAUAAAAGAUCUAGGUAAAACAUCAAAGAGACCACUUUAACAAGUCUAUUAAACAACUUGACCCAACAGACAUUUAAAAAACACUAUUUUCCUGAUGGCAAUAAAAGAACUGCUUUUGUUAAAUGUGGAAGGCUAGAGACACUGCUCAGUUGGUACAGUGCUUGCCUGUCACACACAAGCCUGGGUUCAAUCUCCAGCAUUGGGUAAAAUGGCAUGGCUGUGCACUCCUGUACUCUAGCACUUAGGAUGGAGGAAGUUCAAGCCCCCUUUGGGCUAUAUGAGACCCUGUCAUCAAGCAAACAGAAACUCUGGAUACAUUUAAAAGGACUGAAAUAUGUAAAAUGUUCUUCAGACACAGUGAAAUGAAACUAGAAAUCAACAGAAGUCUGGGAAACUCACAAAACUGGAAGUCACAUGGCCCUGCAGAUUAGAUAGAUUUAAAAUACAAAUUAAAUAGAAGUCAUAUAAAAAUCAAAUGUAAUUUGAGAUAAACAUACAUACCAAGUUAGGAGAUGCAGCUAAUAAAAUGCCCACUUUUGCAGUUAGUGCCCAUACUUACAAAGGAUACUGAGAUACUGUUUUUUAAAGACACUGAAAAAAAUAUAGCAUUAAUCAGUUACCUAACCAUCAUUAGAUGCAUUAGGAAAAAAACAAAAACAAAAAAUCCAAGAUCCUCUGAGAUGACCCAAUGGGUAAAGAUGCUAGAUUCAGACCUAAUGACCUAAAGGAAGAGAUAACCACCUCCUGGAAAUUGUUCUUUGACCCUGUGCACAUGCACACAAUCACAUACACAACAACAAGUAAGUGCAAUUUUAAAAAAGGCCAAAGUUAACUGAAGGAAGAAAAUAAUGCUAGGGUAUGUGUUAAUAGAGAAAAUAGAUGAAACCAAAUAGUCUUAGAAAUUAUCAAAAUUUACAACUGUUAGUUAGAUGGACCAAGAAAAAUAAAUUCUACAAUCAGAAAUGAAAGAGGCCCUUACUCUAGACCUUAAAGGACAAAAAGGAUUACACAUCAUUAACUCAGGAGAGACAGACAAUGUCUUUGAAAGAUGCACACUGCCAAAACUGACUCUAGAAAAGACAAGUGACCUGAAUGGACCUAUGAGAAAAAUGAGGCUGAAUUCAUCAAUAAAUUACCCACAAAGGAAAGACCAGGCUCUAGGGGCUUCUUUGCUAAUCUAAGCUUCACAGAGAAUAAGAUGAAACAUUUCUUUUUCUAAAAGACCAGAUUUGCCCCAGGAACAAAACCAGACAAAGCCAUGCAAUAAAAUUCCAGACAACAGCCUGUGAAAACAUAAUUCUUCAACAAACUAACAAACCAUACAUGAAAGCUAAAAUUAGCUCCACAAUAAAAAAAGAUUUGUAAAGAGAAUGCAAAUGAUCUACCAUGAAACCCAACCAAUGUAAUAUACAAUAUCAUUGGAGUAUCAAGACCCACAAUGAACAUUGAAAAAGGUCUUUAAUAGCAUCCAACACCUUUUAAUGAAACAACAUUCAAUAAGCUAGGAAGAUAAGUAACUUCUUCACAGGAUGAAAGCAGUCUACCUGAGGAUACAGGUGAGGUGGGGGGAUAUACUUAAUACCAUAUUCCAAUAGUGAAAGACUAGUAAUUUUCUCCCUAAGACCAGGGACUAUAUAAAGAUUCUGCUUUUAACAUUACACUGGAUGUCUUAGCCAUGGUAAUUAGGAAGGAAAAGUAAUUUUGGACAAGCAGUAGUACAAUUAUUAAAACUGCAUAAUCUGCACAUAAAAAAGUCAACACAGAACAGGAUUAAAAUCCACUUGACUAAGAGGUUCAAGACGGGGUGAUUCAGCUCAGUGUAGAGUGCUUAUCUAGCAUUCUAAUGGUCCUAGGUUCAAUCCCUGCACACACACACACACACACACACACACACACACACACACACACACAAAGCCAAUAAGCUUAUCAGAGUUGCUGAAUACUAAG